AGCAGACCGAGCCGAGCCGAGGCAGGCUGUGUGUGGAUGGACGCGCCGCGGUGUUUCUUUCUGCUCCGGAUUAUUAUUUCUCCUGUGAGCGCAUGACAUUUGUACCUGUCCGGACUCCUCCCGCCGCCCACACCUGAGCCCAGCUCACUCAGGUUUCAUGUGAGGAGACGAAGAAGAAGAAAGGAGCAGCGGCAGCGCGUGGGACUGUGGAUUUAAAUCACUGAUUGGACUUUCUGCGCGUUUCCGUGCAGUCAUGCCCCAUUGAAGCUGACUCUUCAUCAGACCUGCAGCCAACUCUUCUCUCCUCCCCUCCUCUCCUCCUCCAUCCCUCCAUCCUCUCCUCCUCUCUCUGUCCACCAUGCUCCCAUCCUCCUCCUCCUCCUCUCCUCUCCUCCUCUUCCUUCUCCUCUCCCUCCUCCUCCUCUUCUCCCCCCUCCUCUCUGCCCCAGCUGUUCCUCCCCCUCCCUCCGUGGCGUCGAGCAGGGCGGCGUACAGAGCGUUCGACACCUCGCUCACCCACCUGACCGUCCACCGGAGGACAGGUGAGGUGUUCGUAGGCGCUGUCAACAGAGUGCUGAAGCUAUCGGCCAAUCUGACGGAGCUGAGGAGUCACAUGACCGGACCUGUGGAGGACAAUGCCAAGUGUUACCCUCCACCUAGCGUCAGGGCCUGCGCUCACAGGCUGGACUCGUUGGAUAACGUGAACAAGCUAUUACUGGUGGAUUAUACUGGGAACAGACUGGUGGCGUGCGGCUCGAUAUGGCAGGGCGUGUGUCAGUUCCUCAGACUGGAGGAUCUCUUCAAACUGGGAGAGCCGCAUCAUCGCAAAGAACACUACCUCUCUGGAGCCAGAGAGGCUGAUGGGAUGGCAGGUGUGGUUGUCGGUGAGGACGACUGGACGGCCGACCCUAAGAGAAAGAAGCCCGUGAAGGGAGGGAGCCGCCUGUUCAUCGGCGCCGCUAUCGACGGGAAGUCUGAGUACUUCCCCACGCUGUCCAGCAGGAAGCUGGUGGCGGACGAGGAGAGCGUCAACAUGUUCUCGCUGGUCUACCAGGACGAGUUUGUCUCCUCGCAGAUCAAGAUCCCGUCAGACACGCUGUCCCUCUACCCGGCCUUUGACAUCUACUAUGUCUACGGUUUCUCCAGCCGCACGUACGUCUACUUCCUGACUCUGCAGCUGGACACGCAGCUGACGCAGAUGGACGCCGGCGGGGAGAAGUUCUUCACCUCUAAGAUCGUCCGGAUGUGUUCCAACGACACCGAGUUCUACUCGUAUGUGGAGUUUCCUCUGGGCUGCACCAAAGACGGGGUGGAGUACCGGCUGGUGCAGGCCGCCUACAAACAGAAACCAGGGCGGCGGCUGGCCCACGCCCUCGGCCUGUCCGAGGACGACGACGUCCUGUUCGUCGUCUUCUCACAGGGUCAGAAGAACCGCUCGAACCCCCCCAGAGAGACGGUCCUGUGUCUGUUCACGCUCCACGACAUCAACCUGGCCAUGAGGGAGAGGAUCCGCUCCUGUUACCGAGGCGAGGGCCGCCUCUCCUUACCGUGGUUACUGAACAAGGAGCUGCCCUGCAUCCACACGCCGAAGCAGAUCGGAGAUGAUUUCUGUGGUCUGGUGUUGAACCAGCCGCUUGGAGGUCUGAGGGUCAUCGAGGGAAACCCGCUGUACGAGGACCGCACGGAGGGCAUGGGCGCCGUGGCGGCGUACACCUACGGAGAACACACGGUGGUGUUCGUGGGAACGCGCAGCGGGCAGCUGAAGAAGAUCCGGGUGGAUGGAAUCCCACCGCCGGCCCAGAAUGCUUUGCUGUAUGAGACUGUGACGGUGGUGGAAGGGAAGCCGAUCCUGAGAGACAUGGUGUUCAGUCCGGACCAUCAGUACAUCUACCUGCUGAGUGACAGACAGGUGACCAGGCUUCCCGUGGAGAGCUGCGAGCAGUACGGCAGCUGCUCCGGCUGCCUGGGGUCAGGAGACCCUCACUGCGGGUGGUGUGUCCUCUUCAACAAGUGUUCCAGACAGGAAGCGUGUGACAAGUGGGAGGAGUCUCAGCACUUCAACACCCGGCUGGACCAGUGUGUCGACAUCUCCGUUACCCCGAGCAACAUGUCUGUCACCUCCCCGGCAACACAGUUGACCAUUCGUGUGCAGAACGUGCCGGCGCUGUCAGGGGGCGUGUCCUGCGUGUUCGAGGACCUGAGUGAAACCCCAGGAGAGGUGCAGGCUAAAGGUCAGGUGACCUGUCUGUCCCCGUCACUGAGAGACCUGCCGACGCCCACACACACCUACGGAGAGAAGCGAGAGGUCCAGCUGAGUCUACGUUCCUCAGAGACCGGACUCCAGUUCAUCAGCACCAGCUUCAUCUACUACAACUGCUCUGUGCUCAACUCGUGCACUUCCUGUGUCAGCAGUGUGUUUCCGUGUCACUGGUGUAAAUAUCGUCACGUCUGCACCAACAACCUGCAGGACUGCUCCUUCCAGGAGGGGCGGGUCAGCAACAUGGAGGGUUGUCCUCAGAUCCUCCCCACCUCUGACAUCCUGGUCCCGGCCGGGAUGGUUCGUCCAAUCACGCUGCGGGCUCGUAACCUCCCGCAGCCUCAGUCGGGUCAGAAGAACUACGAGUGUGUGUUCAACAUCCAGGGAAAAGUCCAGCGCAUCCCGGCGGUCCGCUUCAACUCGUCCUGCAUCCAGUGCCAGAACACCUCGUACUGGUACGAGGGCGACGAGGCUGGUGAUCUCCCCGUGGAUUUCUCUAUUGUCUGGGAUGGAGAUUUCUUCAUCGACAAGCCUUCAUCUAUGAAAGCGUUGCUGUAUAAGUGUGAGGCUCAGCGCUCCAGCUGCGGUCAGUGCCUGAAAGCUCCUGCGGCCUUCGAAUGCGGAUGGUGCACCGAAACCAGGAAGUGUCUCCUGCGGCAACACUGUCCUACACCUGAACAGAACUGGAUGCACCACGGUCGCCACAACCUGCGCUGCAGCCACCCGCGCAUCGCCAAGAUCGACCCUCUGACAGGUCCUCGGGAGGGGGGGACGCGGGUGACGAUCGAGGGGGAGAACCUGGGUCUGCAGGUGAAGGAGAUCGCUCACGUUCAGGUUGCCGGAGUCCGCUGUAACCCCGUCCCCUCGCAGUACAUCAGCGCCGAGAGGAUCGUGUGCGACAUGGCCGAAGCUCUGCUGCCUCACUCUCCGGGCGGUCCGGUCGAGCUCUGCAUCGGCGUCUGCAGCGCCGAGUACCGAACCCUCUCCACCCAGACCUACUCCUUCGUGAGCCCCAGUUUCAGCCGUGUUCGUCCAGAGAAGGGGCCUGUUUCUGGGGGAACCCGACUGACGGUGACGGGUCGACAUCUGGACGCCGGCAGCACCGUCACCGUUUACAUCGACAAGGAGGAGUGUCUGUUUGUCAAACGGACCAAUCGGGAAAUAAUCUGCAUAACUCCCGGCUCCCUAACCGGCUCUGGCCCCGCCUCCAUCCGCCUGAUGAUUGACAGGGCCGAGGUGACGAGCUCGGAGACCAAAUACAUGUACACAGAGGACCCGACCAUCACCGGCAUCGAGCCAAACUGGACCAUCCUCAACGGCAGUACAGUGAUAACAGUGACAGGAACCAACCUGCUGACCAUCCAGGAGCCCAAAGUCAGAGCCAAGUACGGAGGAGUGGAAACCAACAACUUCUGCUCUGUAGUCAACGACAGCACCAUGACGUGUCUGGCUCCUGGUUUGGUCUACAGUAAACCCACCCCGCCAGAGGGGGCGCUGCGGCCCGACGAGUUCGGCUUCGUCUUUGACCAGGUCUCCUCUCUGCUGGUCCUGAACUCCACCCCCUUCACACACUACCCCAACCCGACCUUUGAUCCCCUGGGGAAUUCUGGGAUCCUGGAGGUCAAACCAGGGUCACCCAUAAUCCUCAAGGGUAAGAACCUGAUCCCUCCGGCUCCGGGGAACAACCGCCUGAACUACACGGUUCUGAUUGGAGAGUCUCCCUGCCUGCUGACCGUGUCAGAGAACCAGCUGCUCUGUGAUUCGCCAGAUCUCACGGGAGAACAGCGAGUGCUGAUCCUAGUCGGCGGUCUGGAGUAUUCCCCGGGUACGCUCCAUAUCUACUCCGACAGCGCCCUGACGCUUCCCGCCAUCAUCGGCAUCGGAGCUGGCGGAGGCGUGUUGCUAAUCGCGAUCAUCGCGGUGCUCAUCGCCUACAAGAGGAAGACUCGCGACGCCGACCGGACGCUGAAACGCCUCCAGCUGCAGAUGGAUAAUCUGGAGAGCCGGGUGGCGCUAGAGUGCAAGGAGGCGUUUGCAGAGCUGCAGACGGACAUCCAGGAGCUGACCAACGACAUGGACGGAGUGAAGAUCCCCUUCCUGGAGUACCGGACCUACACCAUGAGGGUCAUGUUCCCUGGAAUAGAAGAACACCCCGUCCUCAAAGAGCUGGACUCUCCAGCUAACGUAGAGAAAGCUCUGCGUCUCUUCAGUCAGUUACUGAACAACAAGAUGUUCCUGCUGACCUUCAUUCACACUCUGGAGGCUCAGAGGUCGUUCUCCAUGAGGGACAGAGGGAACGUCGCUUCGCUGCUGAUGGCUGCUCUGCAGGGUCGGAUGGAAUAUGCUACAGUGGUGUUGAAACAGCUGCUGGCCGACCUGAUUGAGAAGAACCUGGAGAACAGAAACCAUCCCAAGCUGCUGCUGAGGAGGACGGAGUCUGUAGCCGAGAAGAUGCUGACAAACUGGUUCACCUUCCUGCUGCAUCGGUUCCUCAAGGAGUGUGCAGGCGAGCCUCUCUUCAUGUUGUACUGUGCCAUAAAGCAGCAGAUGGAGAAAGGCCCGAUCGACGCCAUCACCGGGGAAGCUCGCUACUCUCUGAGUGAAGACAAACUCAUCAGACAGCAGAUCGACUACAAACAGCUGACUCUGAUGUGUAUCCCUCCGGAGGGCGAGGCCGGGACGGAGGUGCCGGUGAAGGUGCUGAACUGUGACACGGUGACUCAGGCCAAAGACAAACUGCUGGACGCCGUCUAUAAAGGAAUCCCGUUCUCUCAGAGACCUCAGGCCGACGACAUGGACCUCGAGUGGCGUCAGGGCCGACUGACCAGGAUCAUCCUGCAGGACGAGGACGUGACCACCAAGAUAGAGAGCGACUGGAAGAGGCUGAACACACUGGCACACUACCAGGUAACAGACGGCUCUCUGGUGGCGCUGGUCCAGAAGCAGGUUUCUGCCUACAACAUCGCCAACUCCUUCACGUUCACCAGAUCGCUGAGCAGAUAUGAGUCGUUACUUCGGACGUCCAGCAGUCCUGACAGUCUGAGAUCCAGAGCUCCGAUGAUCACCCCGGACCAGGAGACAGGAACUAAACUGUGGCACCUGGUGAAGAACCACGAGCACAGCGAUCAGAGAGAAGGAGACCGAGGCAGCAAGAUGGUUUCUGAGAUCUACCUGACCAGACUGCUGGCCACCAAGGGGACGCUGCAGAAGUUUGUGGACGACCUGUUUGAGACGGUGUUUAGCACCGCCCACCGGGGCUCUGCUCUCCCAUUGGCUAUCAAAUACAUGUUUGACUUCCUGGAUGAGCAGGCCGACAAACGACAGAUCAGCGACCCGGAUGUUCGGCACACCUGGAAGAGCAACUGCCUUCCUCUCAGGUUCUGGGUGAACGUCAUUAAGAAUCCUCAGUUUGUGUUCGACAUCCACAAGAGCAGCAUCACUGACGCCUGCCUGUCGGUCGUCGCUCAGACCUUCAUGGACUCGUGCUCGACGUCUGAACACCGGCUCGGCAAAGACUCUCCGUCCAACAAGCUGCUCUACGCUAAAGACAUCCCCAACUACAAGAGCUGGGUGGAGAGGUACUACAGGGAUAUUGCAAAGAUGCCCAGCAUCAGUGAUCAGGACAUGGACGCCUACCUGGUGGAGCAGUCCCGUCUCCAUGGCAACGAGUUCAACACACUGAGCGCCCUCAGCGAGCUCUACUUCUACAUCAACAAGUACAAGGAAGAGAUCCUGACGGCGUUGGACCGGGACGGGUAUUGUCGCAAACACAAACUGAGGCACAAACUGGAGCAAGCCAUCAACCUGAUGUCUGGGAGCAGCUGAGAGGAGGAGAAGGACUGAUGGACCGAUGGAUGGAUGAGGGGAUGUGGAAGAAGAAUGGGGGAGGAGGAAGUGAGGGCGUUUUAUUUUUCUGAACUGUUUGAACAGUCAGCUGAACUGCUCAGUGUUGGACCGAACUGACAGCCACAGCUCCGGCUCUUUAGCAAUCAAUCCAUCAGCAAUUUAUUUGUCAACUGAUCGAUUGAUUGAUUUGAAGACUGAUUAACUGGCUAGCUGGGGCCCCAACUACCUCCGUUCGGUGGAUUUUUGGGGCAGAAAAUCAGUUUCCAAACCGAUUUGGAUACAUUUACAACAUGACUUCAACGUGGAAUGGAGUCAUUUUGAGGCAAAAAAUGAACCUUCUUGAUGCAUCUGUCGGUUUGGAUUUGGAUUUAAAUUCACUGCAGUUGUAAGCAGGGAUCGAAGCAAGCGGGCGUGGCUGUGGAAAAACCUGGAAACGAGGCUAAAGACUGAGUUAUGUUUAACCACACGAUGGAUGUGAAAUGAGGACUAAUCGACCUGACUUCAGGAUUCACAGCCUGGAACUGUCUGCACGCUGGGUCGAAGAGUAAAAGGUCAAGUCACGUUUCCGUCAAGGCUGCUGACUUCACCUUGUUCUGGUCUGAAGGAUCAAGAAACUAAGAUGAUGGUCAGAAGGUCACAGUAAGAUCGCAUCAGGCUCAACCUUUGGAGCCUCUUUGUAGUCUGGAUGAAUCCGGGCUGAAUAAUAAAAGGUUGAGUCGAAGCUUACCGCAGAAGGUCAAAGCCUCUGCACUGAUGCGGUUAGUUUGGACCAUUUACCCUCACCUUGAAUCCUUUGCCUUGUAUGGAAGGAUCUGAAUUCAUCGUAAGAAGAUCAGGUCAAGCUUUAAGAAGGGAAGCGUCAAAGUCAAGUCCUCAUUUGGAACAUCUGACCCAACCUUGAACCUGUUUGCAAAAGAUUCAGGAGGUCGUUUAAAGCUUUAACGAAGGAGAAGGAAGCAAAUAAACUGAAGUUUCACAAACUGAUGACUGAAAUGACUGCUUAGUCUCGAAAGAAGAGGAAUCCAUCUUUGGAGUUCAGGAAACGAGGACUGUAUUAGCUAAGAGAAUUUGACUUGACCUUGGACUGUUCGGCCAAGCCUCGUCAGGAUCUAGAGGUUUCGAAGAUGCUGUUUUAAAUAACCACUCAAUGUUUUUUUCUCUGGACAAUCACUCUGUACCACAGCACACUGAGCCCGAUGCCUACCGACCGACCAGUACCUGUGUCCAUGAACCCGUCCUCUUCUCCUGUCAUCGUCUUUUCCUUUCCUUCCACCCUCAACUCCUCAGAAUUUCACCUCCUACUUUGCUUUACCUGGUUCUUCAUUUCGUCCCCUUCUCUAUCUUCCUCUCUCCUUUCCAUCCACAUCCGUUUCCUCUUCCAUCCCACUUUUUAUUCCUCCUCCCCCUCGACCCUGCAUCUUCAUUGGUCAGUCAUGCUGGCCUCUGGCCAUCCUAUUGGCCAGGAAGACUCUUUAGUAAUGUACUGCCCGACCAAUCAAGACUGUGGAAUUCGCCAGAAUCGUGAAUAAUUAACAGAAAUUAAUCCAGAAUUACAUUUUGAAUACAUUCCAGCACAGGCACACAGGCAAGGUCUGUAAACUAGCAGGUUGACCCACUAAUGUUUCGGACGUGAAGAACUUCCGAAAGUGGCCUGACCGGCAAUUUCAGGACCAGAACAACCUGGAAAAUGGGGUUCUGGGGUUAUUGUCGGACCUUGCACAUACACCCACAAUACAGCCAUGCUUUACAGCGCCAUGCUAACCGUGCCCAGGGGGAAAUACUGUGCAGAGCUACAAGCCCAGUGCCAUGUAAAGACCGGACCGGCUCACGUCAGAACUGGACCGGACUUGGACCAAACCCGGAUAAAAAACAACCUGGAAUGGAGUUUUAACCGGACUCGAGAACUUUUAAGACUUGUGGCCAUAAUUGUAAACAACAAAAAAAGAAAGAUGAUAAUAAUAAUAAUAAUAAUGAUGAUGAUAAAGUAUAAAAGUAAAAAAAGAAAGAAAAAAGAAAUAUUGAAAUGUUAACGUGUAAUAAGAACUUUGUGGAUUUGACAGUUUGGAUUUUAAGGAGCUGAACUUGUAUAAAGCUGAACAUUAUGCUACUUCAGAGUGUGGAGAAAGAGAGAGAGCCAGGAGACGGGGCGACCGAUCAGACCGAGACCCGUCCUCACGCCAUCGGACAGCACCAAACAGAACCGGAUCCAACUGGAUUUAACCGGACUGAACGAGUCUGUUGUGUUUGGAACCUGAAGGAGAUGAACUGAAUCUCAGCUCUGAACAUCGAAGGUGCAAAAACAAACUGGACUCUGUGGUACUUUUUUGCCAAACUGUUUGUUUGAACAUGAGUGUAGUGAUCGGACGGAUGGUGGCCUGGAGGGUUUGGGAGGCGUUUGGAGGGGUUCGAUUGUUGCAUGUGUAGCUUCGGAUGGAGUCUUUGUUUUGAUGAGCUCCUGUUUGCUCUAAAGAAGAAUGAGGCCUCUUUCACACUGCUGGUUCACUCUCAAUUCUUCAGCUGCAGACGGAGGAAUAGAACCACCUGCAUGGUCCGCCUGACCUGCUGAGUUCAGACCAACUGUAACUCAAAAAAUGAACCCAGUGUGAAACGUUCUUCUUCUCUGUGUGAAUGAUGGUUAAACGUUGGAUGGAGGACUUUCCAACAUGGCAACGCCGCCCCCCUCGUGCCCCCACACACCUCUUUCUCUGUGGUAAAACAUUUUCACUUUGCACACCUGGAUCAGAGAUCUUGUUCAGAUUUUAAAAAUGAAAGUUCAACAACGAUAUUUGACCUUUUGAAAACACACAGUCCCCUCAGGUUUUUACAUGUUCAACCUGAAAGGCCUUCUCUUUGACUUUAUGUCCUGCUACAUAUUAAAAACAAACAAUAAAACAAUCUGGAUCUGUAGGGAGUGCAAACUGAAACACAGCUUACAAACACUGGCUGCUUUACCGUCCGUAUGCAUGGAUUACUAAUCCAUAUGUGUUUCUACAACAAUAACUUAUUUAGCACAUGACCUGCAGGGGGCGCUGUAGAAACGUAAGCUGGAAACCAUCUCUGGUCGUUGGUGUGUUGCGUGAAAAUGUUCCACCACAGCUGAGGCGUCUCUCUUGGCUCUCUGCGACGCCAUAAAGCUAAAAGCACCUUUUCUUUUUCUUGCUGUUGUUUCACUGUCGUUUGAAUCUUUGGGGCCAAACGGACCCGGAGGAGGAGGAGGAGGAGGAGGAGGAGGAGGAGGAGGAGGAGGAAGGGUCCUGAUAAGACUGCCUUUUAGAUGAUUAAUUAUAGAACAGGGAGGGAAGCCACUACCAUACCAGCACCACUGUUCAUCCAACCAGUGUGUGUGUUAUCCUGCCGCUGCAGUGGAAACUCAGCCGUUAAAUCGCUGAUCGUAUCUGCAGCUCAAUUAAAAAUCUUUUUCCUUACAGUCGCACCGUGUAAAUCGGCCGAUCGGUAUCUUCACUGCUUCUGAAAUCUCUGAUCAGAUCUUUGUUCUUCCUUUUUAAAAAAAAAAAAAAUCAUGAUGACCCUUUAAACUCAAAGUCAUCACAGGCGACAAAUCCAGUAAAAUUCAGCGUCAUUAAUUGCGUCCUCGUCGCCUUUCUGUCGACGAGACGAGAGGGGAGUUUAGAGGAGGAGAGGAGUCGGCAUGCUGAAAGGUGAGGAGAAUCCCAGGAGGAGAAUGUAAAGCAAGGGGAAGGGAUGAUGCGUAGACAAUGUAGAGGAGGAAGGAACGCCAGCUGCAUGCUGAAAAGUGAGGAAGAGGAGAAGUUACUAUUCGAUUGCAGAGGAGGAGGCUCUGUUAUACCAAAGGGUGAAGAAGAGGAGGAAAGGCUGAUGUUCUGCAAACGUAAAAAGGAGAACACAGGAGGAUCAGGAUGAAAAGAGGAGGUCAGAUUCUGUGUUAGCAUGCUAGAGGAGGAGGAAUGGAAGGAGAUGCUGUUGGAAUACUGAGAGGAGGAGAGAGAGGGAGAAUACUGAUCAGGGCGACGGAGGCAGCGUCAUCCAUCAAAGGAUGGAGGGAGGAGAAAUGGAGUAAAACCUAGAUCUCCUCCUGAUCCAGGACUUGUCACGGUUACAUUUGUCUUUUGUUCUACAUGAACGUCACAACCCUCCUCAGGAGUCAGAGAGGAGGUCUCAGAGAGGGGAGGAGUCAGGGGGGAGG